AUGGAAGUAGUUAUGAUCCGGACUAAUGUAGAAGAGGACCAGGAAGCCGCCAUGGCUAGGUUUUUGCACGGUUUAAAUCAUGAGAUUGUGAACAUAGUUGAGAUGCAGCAUUAUGGUGAUUUGAUGGAUAUGGUGCAUCAAGCCAUAAAGGUGGAGGAACAAUUCAAACGAAAGGGAUUGGCUAGGAGUGGACAACUUAUGGCUACCACCAGCCGGGUGAUGGUGAUAAAUGCUCAAGGAGAGCUUGAGUCAGAGAAUGAGGAAGAAGUAGAUAAUAAUGACAUGCCAUCAUUGGAGGAUGCCGAUGAUGAGCAAAAUGCUGUGGUUGGACAUUUAUUGGUAGCAAGGCGAGUUCUCAAUUUUCGCAAGAACCGCGGAAGACUUGAUAGGGUAGAGAAACGUGGUAACGAGGCUGGUACAAACACCCAAAAUAUGAGGAAGCUUGGGGCUGAACUGAAAGCAAACAAUGGCGGUAGGGCUGAAAGGCCAAGUGAUGAGGAGAUUGCAUAUCCUGUUGAGGGGGAGGCCUUAGUUAUAAGGCAUGCGCUGAACAUGCAAAUCAAAGAAGAUGAUAUAGAUCAGCAACGGGAAAAUAUAUUUCGCACUCGAUGUCACAUCCAAAAGAAGAGAUUGAAUCUGAGUUGUGUUAAGCAUCUGAGGCCUUAUAGAUUGCAAUGGUUGAAUGAAUGUGAUGAAGUGAGGGUAACUAAGCAGGUUGUGAUUGCGUUUGCUAUUGGGAAGUAUUCCGAUGAGAUUUUGUGUGAUGUAAUCCCAAUGUAUGCUAGUCACUUACUUUUAGGGCGUCCAUGGCAGUUUGAUCGGAAAGCGAUUCAUGAUGGGUUUAGAAAUAAGUUCACUAUUGUGAAGGAUGGUAAAAUCAUCACUCUUGUACCUCUUUCUCCAAAACAAGUGUAUGAUGAUCAAAUGAAAUUAAAAAAGGAAUGUGAGGAUGGGAAGAGUGAAAAUUCACGUGAGGACAAUGUAAGCUUGUGUGAUGAUAAUACUGUGGAAAAAUUAAAGAAACAACCUAAUUUUUAUGCAAAGGGAUCUCAAAUCAGAUCUGCAUUUUUCACUAAUAAGCCAAUGAUCUUACUUGUGUAUAAGGAGGCUUAUUUUAACACUAACGAUCUUGAUUAUGCUAUUCCUAGUGUGGCUGUUUCUUUGAUGCAGGAGUUUGAUGAUGUAUUCCCUGAAGACAUCCCUAAUGGAUUACCACCAUUAAGGGGGAUUGAACAUCAAAUUGAUCUUGUGCCCGGAGCUUCAAUUCCUAACCGUCCAGCCUAUAGAAGCAACCCCGAGGAGACGAAGGAGCUUCAAAGGCAAGUAGAUGAGUUGAUGAUGAAGGGGUACAUUCGUGAGAGUAUGAGUCCUUGUGCUGUGCCAGUGCUACUUGUGCCUAAAAAGGAUGGUACAUGGAGGAUGUGUGUCGAUUGUCGUGCCGUCAAUAACAUAACGGUAAAGUAUCGACAUCCUAUUCCUAGGCUUGAUGACAUGUUAGAUGAGUUACAUGGAUCAUGUAUUUUCUCUAAGAUUGACUUAAAAAGUGGGUACCAUCAAAUUAGGAUGAAAGAGGGUGAUGAGUGGAAAACUGCAUUUAAGACUAAGCAUGGUUUGUAUGAAUGGUUAGUCAUGCCGUUUGGACUUACAAAUGCACCUAGCACGUUUAUGCGUUUAAUGAAUCAUGUAUUGCGUACGUUUAUAGGUAAGUUUGUUGUUGUGUAUUUUGAUGACAUUUUGAUCUAUAGCAAGAACUUAAAUGAGCAUCUUGAUCAUUUGCGUAAUAUACUUAGUGUGUUGCGUAGUGAGCAAUUAUAUGCUAAUCUUAAGAAGUGUACCUUUUGCAUGGAAAAAAUUGUGUUUCUUGGCUAUGUCGUAACUGCGCAGGGUAUUGAGAUGGACGAGGAGAAAGUCCAUUUCUGA